GGUCCUCCUUCAGUGUACCGUGCUCUGCAAGCUGCGCUCUCUGGCGGCUCCACAGCACCGACGCUAGCAGAGAGAAGCCGCGCAUGAUCCCGAAACACAAUGCUGUUUGGGUCUUAGAGCGCCUCUGUUCAUCCGCAAAGGAGAAAAAGAACAGGGAAAAAUCUACCUACACGUACUGCGAGCGAGAGAGGCACACCGACCGCAGGAAACGUCAAAUCUGGGAAAUAAAUUAAAUAAUUGUUGGACGAGCAGAGAACAAGAAAGGAUUGCGUUAUUUUUGCGUUAUUAACAGCACUUAGGUUGUACAGCAAUCUUUAUUUUCUUCAACCUUAAAAAUGUCAUCGUCUGGUAAAGACAACAGCGGUGCUCAUGCUAAUUACGUGGGACCAUAUCGUUUGGAGAAGACGCUCGGGAAAGGACAGACAGGUCUGGUGAAGCUGGGCAUCCACUGUGUCACAUGUCAGAAAGUUGCAAUAAAGAUUGUCAACCGGGAGAAACUCAGUGAAUCUGUUUUAAUGAAGGUGGAGCGGGAGAUUGCCAUUCUGAAGCUCAUCGAACACCCUCACGUUUUAAAGUUGCACGAUGUCUACGAAAAUAAGAAGUACUUGUACCUGGUUCUAGAACACGUGUCCGGAGGAGAGCUUUUCGACUACCUGGUGAAGAAGGGGAGGCUGACGCCCAAGGAGGCGCGGAAGUUCUUUCGGCAGAUCAUAUCGGCGCUGGACUUCUGCCACAGUCACUCCAUAUGCCACAGGGACCUGAAGCCAGAGAACCUGCUGUUAGACGAGAAGAACAACAUCAGGAUAGCGGACUUUGGCAUGGCGUCCCUGCAGGUUGGGGACAGCCUGCUGGAGACCAGCUGCGGAUCUCCUCACUACGCCUGUCCAGAGGUCAUUCGGGGGGAGAAGUAUGACGGCCGUAAAGCUGACGUGUGGAGCUGUGGGGUCAUUCUCUUCGCACUCUUAGUGGGCGCCCUGCCGUUCGACGACGACAACCUGAGGAACCUUCUGGAAAAAGUGAAGCUGGGCGUGUUCCACAUGCCGCACUUCAUCCCGCCCGACUGUCAGAGCCUGCUGCGGGGGAUGAUUGAGGUGGACGCCGGCAAGAGGCUCACGUUAGAGCAGAUCCAGAAGCAUGUGUGGUACAUAGGGGGCAAGAAUGAGCCGGAGCCAGAGCAGCCCAUCCCGCGGAAGGUGGCCAUCCGCACCCUGCCCUCAGCGGAAGACAUCGACCCUGACGUGCUGGAGAGCAUGCACUCACUCGGCUGCUUCCGUGACAAAAACAAACUGAUGAAGGACCUGCUGUCGGAUGAUGACAACCAGGAAAAGAUGAUUUACUUCCUGCUCCUGGAUCGAAAGGAGAGGUACCCAAGCCACGAGGACCAGAACCUCCCACCUCGUAAUGACAUAGAUCCCCCCAGGAAGCGUGUGGACUCUCCCAUGCUCAACAGGCAUGGCAAGAGGAGGCCGGAGCGCAAGUCCAUGGAGGUUCUGAGCGUGACGGACGGGGGCUCCCCGGUGCCCGUACGCCGGGCCAUCGAUAUGGCGCAGCAUGGACAGAGCUGUAAUAAGACUGUGUUCAGUAAAAGCUUGGAAAUCUCUGACGCCAAUUCCAAAUACAGCAAAGAAGAAAGGUCACGGUCCAUCAGCGGAGCCUCCUCUGGCCUCUCUACCAGCCCCCUGAGCAGCCCUCGGGUGACCCCCCAUCCCUCCCCCAGGGGGAGCCCCCUCCCCACUCCCAAGGGAACUCCUGCGCACACGCCCAAAGAGAGCCCGGCGGGCACGCCCAACCCCACGCCGCCCCCCAGCCCCUCCAUCGGGGGCGUGCCCUGGAGGACGCGCCUGCACUCCAUCAAGAACAGCUUCCUGGGAUCCCCACGCUUCCACCGCAGGAAACUGCAAGUUCCUACACAAGAGGAAAUGUCCAGUCUCACACCAGAGUCUUCCCCCGAACUUGCCAAAAAAUCCUGGUUUGGUAAUUUCAUCAGCCUGGAGAAAGAGGAGCAGAUCUUUGUGGUCAUCAAGGACAAGCCUUUGAGUUCCAUCAAAGCGGACAUCGUGCACGCCUUCCUCUCCAUCCCCAGCCUCAGUCACAGUGUGAUCUCACAGACGAGUUUCCGGGCAGAGUACAAGUCCACCGCCGGGCCCACGGUGUUCCAGAAGCCCGUCAAGUUCCAGGUGGACAUCACCUACACCGAGACCACAGCUGCCCAGAAGGAGAACGGCAUCUACUCGGUCACCUUCACGCUGCUUUCAGGUCCGAGCCGACGCUUCAAGCGGGUGGUGGAGACGAUUCAGGCGCAGUUGUUAAGCACACACGACCAGCCCAGCGUACAACAGCUGUCUGGCAGCCCGUUGAGUAACUUCUUUGACGUAAUUAAACAACUUUUUGCAGACGAGAAGAACGGCCAGGUGCCCCACCCGCCCGGCACACCCGCCACGCCCAACAAACACCCCGCAAACAGCAGGAGGCAUGAACCAGAGGCCAAUGACUUGGGCCCUAAAGGGGACUCUAAUUGCCAAUUGGGCCGAGACAAAGCAAAGAUGGUGGCAUCUGUUGGCGACACAGGAGGAAGCUUAAAAACAGAGUUAUAACUAGAUUAAAACGACCCCUUCCUAAAAUAACCCCUUCCUCGUAGCACAUGUGCAGAAAAGCUUGUGGCGUCCACUGCUUCAUUGUAAAUAUUAAAACUACUUUUUGGAAAUUGUGUAUAGACAUACUUUUGUAUGAUGGAAUGACUGUAUAUAAAAUAUAAAUGAACUUAAUAUUUUACGAGCUGCACAUGCUGGCACACACCAGUCCUGUCCCUUCUCCUUCCCCUCCUCCUGUUCCCUGUUUCCCAGUCCAAAAAAAGAAAAACCCAAACAUUUCUACCCAGGUGUUUUUGUAUUUUUGUCUCUCGCGCUGCUCAUCUGUGUGGUGACCUGCAUUGUCUCCAGCAGGAAUAAUCCAGAGCACCUGUUAAGCUCCGCCUCCUGCCCUGCCCCGCCCCCGGAGUGUGGGAUGGAUAUUUGUUGACAGAGGAACUUUUUGAGGCGAGAAAGCGAUUUACCAUGGAGACAGACCCUUCAUCCUGACUUGAUACCCCAACCACCCCAACCAGUGCUCCUCCAGAAUGAAGUCCCAGCUGUUUCUACCCUUUCCAAACCCUGCACCCCCCCCCUCCCAAUAUGAACUAUAAGCUAUGACAAAACUGAGGAACUAGAGAAAAGCCUUAAAACAACAAUGUCCAUCUCUCCCUCUUGCAGACAUGCUCUCCAUCUCUUCCCCCAUCUUGCACUCACGCGCACGCAGUCGCAUGCACACACACACACACACACACACACACACACACACAUGCACACGCACAAAUCUCUGGGAUUUAAUAACAAAAAGAACAAAAUCUGGAAUCCAUAAGAGGACAAAUGGGGGAGGUGUCUAUGGGAGGCUUAUGGCUGAUAUGGACGCUUUAUGGAUUGUAUUGUUUUCUUUUUAAUGUGGACUCUCUCUCUAAAUGACUGGGUUUAAAAUGUACUGGCUCGAUGCCUAUGCUGCAAGUGGACUGGAAUCCAUUUUUCAGAGUCUG